UGGUGGACGCACAUUCCUAAACCGCGAUCAGUUGCGGUCUUAUUUUUUUCUCUAGUGAGUGGUGUGAGUGACGAAAAUGCGGAGGUUUAUUGCAGUGGGACAAGCCUUAGCACUAUGCUGCCUUAUGAUUGGAUCUGAUGCCUUAAGAACCAAACGAGAACCUCCGGUAUCAGGCAGUUACCUACCUCCAUCGGGAGGCUCAAACGGCGGAUUUGGAGGAGGAUUCGGAGGUGGCGGUAGCUUUGGAGGAGGCAACGGCUUUGGAGGCGGCAGCAGCAAUGGAGGAGGUUACAGCGCACCAUCCAGCUCAUACGGAGCACCAUCUGGUGGAUUUGGAGGCGGUGGUGGAUCCAGCAACGGCGGCGGGGGCUUCGGUGGUAGUAUUUCCUCUAGCUAUGGGGCACCAGCUGCUCCAUCACCAAGUUACGGAGCACCAUCCGCACCUAGCUCAAGCUAUGGUGCUCCAGCAGCACCUUCCUCCAGCUACGGAGCUCCUGCAGCAGCACCAUCUUCAAGCUAUGGAGCACCGUCAGCUCCAUCGCCAAGUUAUGGGGCUCCAUCUGCUCCCUCAUCUAGCUACGGUGCUCCAGCAGCUGCUCCAUCAUCAAGCUAUGGUGCUCCCUCUGGAGGAUCUGGAGGAUUCGGUGGUGGACGCGGUACUUCUUCAAACUACUUGCCUCCGUCUACCAGCUAUGGUACCCCAGUAGGACCACCAAGGCCGGUUAGCAGACGUCCAUCCUCAUCAUACGGAGCUCCGUCCAGGCCAUCUAGCUCAUAUGGUGCCCCAUCUAGGCCAUCAAACGGAAACGGAGGUCCAUCCAGACCGGCUUCUAGACCAUCUUCCUCAUAUGGAGCACCCUCAAGGCCUUCCAGUUCAUAUGGUGCACCAUCUAGACCAUCAUCUUCAUACGGAGCCCCAGCGCCAUCCAGCUCUUAUGGAGCGCCCGCACCAUCGAGCUCUUAUGGAGCCCCAGCACCUUCUAGCUCAUAUGGAGCACCUGCUGCAGCUCCCUCAUCUAGCUAUGGAGCUCCGGCCCCAUCCAGCUCUUAUGGAGCCCCAGCUGCAGCUCCUUCUAGCUCUUAUGGAGCCCCAGCUGCAGCUCCUUCUAGCUCUUAUGGAGCCCCAGCUGCAGCUCCUUCUAGCUCUUAUGGAGCACCUGCUGCUGCACCGUCAUCAAGUUAUGGUGCUCCAGCUGCAGCUCCUUCUAGUUCAUAUGGAGCACCUGCCGCAGCACCGUCAUCAAGCUAUGGAGCUCCUUCAAACGGAGGAUCCAGUGCACCCUCAAGCAGCUAUGGAGCCCCAUCUAGCAGGGGAUCGUCUGGCGGAUACAGCUCUGGUGGGUCAAAUGGAUUCAGCGCACCUUCAAGCAGCUAUGGAGCACCAUCCAACGGAGGAUCCAACGGAUACAGUUCAGGAGGGUCCAAUGGAUACAGUUCAGGAGGAUCCAACGGAUAUAGUUCAGGAGGAUCCAACGGAUACAGUUCUGGAGGAGCCAACGGAUACAGUUCAGGAGGAUCCAAUGGAUACAGUUCAGGAGGACCCAACGGAAACGGUUCAGGAGGAUCCAACGGAUACAGUUCAGGAGGAGCCAACGGAUACAGUUCAGGAGGAUCCAAUGGAUACAGUUCAGGAGGACCCAACGGAAACGGUUCAGGAGGAUCCAACGGAUAUAGUUCGGGUGGUGGACAGGGCUAUGCUAGCAACGGUGGAUACUCAUACUAAUAAAUAAAUGGAAAUAAGAGGAGUUGAGAAGAACAAACGUGAAACUGUAUAUACUUUAUUUAUUUGUAGUACUUCUCAGUAUUAAUGUGACCGUCAUGUAGAUUUGUUUGAGUGGAAAUACAGUUUUAUAAUUUUUUACGUGUUGCGUUUUCUUGAACUCAACUCAUAAUUUAAAAGGACAAAUCGAU